AUGAAGGUUCUCCUUGGGCUGAUAUCCUUCACAAUCGCCGUCAUUGCGGGCGAAGCUUUGAUGUGCAAGCAAUGUCUGGAUAAGCGGGCCGAUGACUGCCAAGGGGAGUCCGUGAUCUGCGACUUACCCGGCGGAAUGUGUGCAAAGGGCAUCGAACACAACAUCUUAAAUGGAGAUGUGGUCCCCACCGCAUUUAGAGCCUGUACAAACGAUACCCGUCUCUGCGGAGGGCAGGUCAGCCUGUCCACCGCUCCGUUCCAGCUGUUGCUAUACACUGAAUGCUGUCAAGAGGACGAUUGCAAUUGUGGAGAAAUUAUUAUGCCACCCAAAAACACCACGAAAAAUGGAGUCGUCUGCAGAUCGUGCUUCACUGAAGGUGACUACUCCUGCACAGAUGUGAGCACCAUAGAAUGCACCGGGAACGAGGCGGAAUGCAUCGAAUUCUCUGGGCAGGCAGCUCGUCCUGAAGAGGAAACUAUGAUCUAUUCUUACUACGGUUGCGUCACAAAAGGGGUCUGUCAAAUUGGAUUCGGGGGAUUACCAGGAUCUGUCGUAUACGAACAAAGAGUACUGGAAUGCACUCCAAGCAUCGAAACAAACUAA